GUAGAUAUGUUAAGAUCAACGUUCAACUCGUGGAGGGAAUAUCUAACUCCUGCUUAUCAUACUUCGACGUUCUCCCAAACCGGGGAGAUUACGCCUGAGGAGUUUGUUCAAGCUGGUGAUUAUCUCACGUAUAAGUUCCCAACAUGGCAGUGGCUUGGAGCACCAGCGUCCAAGCAGAGGGACUUCUUACCAACGGAUAAGCAAGUACUGGUGACAAGGCGUGUUCCAUCGCUUGUAAGGGCAAAUGAUUACGAGAACGUGGCUAUAGAAGAGGAGGAGGAUGCGGACGGGUGGACCACGACGAGUGGACCCCAUGCUGGUGCCACUUCUGGUACUAAACAAGUAAGUGCCCAGCAGUCAGAGAUUGAGGAGAUUGAUGACUUGAUCGACAACACUGCGGAGGACGAUGACGAUGACGAACAGGAAUAUACAAUACAGGCAAACAAGCGGUUCUAUGACUUAUACAUCCACUAUUCAACCGCGUACAGGGUCCCAAGGAUGUAUCUUGUUGGGUUUGACUCGAACGGGACUCCCUUAACACCAGAGCAGAUGUUUGAAGAUAUCUCUGAGGACUACAGGGAUAAAACCGUCACCAUCGAAAAGGCCCCUUUCCUAAACGAUACAACAACGGUGUCAAUCCAUCCUUGUCGUCAUGCCGCAGUUAUGAAGGUCUUGAUCAAUAGAGCAAUGUCCGCUGCAAGGCUUAAAAAGGAGAAACAAGACCUGUUGAAGGGUGUCAAGAAUAUUGGGCUUGCUGACAGUGAGGACACUGAUGAUUGGGAACAAUUAGACGACACCAGCGUAGAUGAUGUCCAGUCUGUUGUUCGUGUCGAUCAAUACCUUAUUAUCUUUUUGAAGUUUAUCACUAGUGUAACCCCAGGCAUUGAACAUGACUACACGAUGGAUGCAUUUUAA